ACGACGGCCCCAGUCCCAAGAGAAGACAAGACACCACAGAUACUGACGGGACAAAAAGGGAGCAGAGAGAGGCACCUUUGAGGAUGGGGCAUGGUCGUGUUUUUAACCUAUUCAAGAAAAAGAGGACGGAGCACGGCAGUCAUGUACAAGUACCAUUUUGCCGCUCUAUUGGAUUUGUUGGCUAGCUGUGCCCUGCACUCGCGCAGCUUUUACACGCGUGGGGGAGGGGGUAUAGUAUUAUUUUGGAUCCAAUUUGACUUUUGGGCUCUCAGAGGCCAACGAGCCAUGAUAGCACGGGAUACGCCCCCCUUGCUGGCUGGACUGCCGGCCAGCGAUGAGGGAUUAGGUAAGUCUAGAGUAACGAAAACAGACGUACCGACGCCGACGAUACGGCUCCAUCCGAGCAAGGACCACACCCGCCGCCGAUUUCUCGCAGCGACUAUCAGGCGAAGAAGGGAGCCGGCAAAGCGCUGUUGGGGGCCGAGGGCCGAGCAGCCAGCUUUUGGCGAUCUGGAUAGAGAGAGAGAAAAUCAAAAAAAGGGAGGGGGGGCCGAAAGCAAGGGCAGCUCCAUCUGCUGGAGGCAGCCCAAAGAGGCCAAAAAAAGCCCUCGAUUCCAUUACCCCGUACUUUGCGGCGUCCAGCCGACCAUCUCCAGGAUUUCGGGCUGUGGACCCUUCGCUCGUCUUAGAAGGAGCAGCGCGAGCGUUUAACGGGCGCCCUUGUGCAUAUGGCAUUGCAUGGCAUGGCAUGGCAUGGCAUGGCGGGAACGUCACAUCCACCGCUUCUUCAGCAGCCUGCCAUGCCUGUUUGUACAAGAAGCAGUGGCAAUGCAGCGGCAUCCAGCCUGACCUGGGCUAGCAUCAAGUCGCACGGCAGGCCACCAGCUCAGCACGCCUAA